UCCGUUUCUGUGCUCGAGGUAAGUGGUACGCAAAAAUUUGCAUCUCUCAUAAAAUCGUAAAAAAUUCUAAAGAAAUUGCAAACAUCUAUUCUAAAACGUAGUAAAAUAACUCGAAACUUUUAAGUGUGCUUUUGGUGACUAGUUUCUUGGGUAUACCAGCAAAUAACGGUUAAUUGUGCUACUUUUCUUUGUAAUAAGCGGCAUAUAAAAAGUCAUCUAGCGAUACAAUAGCUUCGUAAAGCAAAUAGACCGACGGUAAUUUCUUUUAUUUUCAUCAUUUUUUGUGUUGAGUAAAACCGGAAAUUCCCUCUACGACAUCUACACUUCAACAUGGGCAAGGAAAAGAUUCAUAUUAACAUCGUGGUCAUUGGACAUGUCGAUUCGGGCAAGUCGACGACUACCGGUCAUUUGAUUUACAAGUGUGGCGGCAUUGAUAAGCGUACCAUUGAAAAGUUCGAAAAGGAAGCCCAGGAAAUGGGCAAGGGUUCCUUCAAGUAUGCCUGGGUAUUGGAUAAGCUAAAGGCCGAACGUGAACGUGGUAUUACCAUUGAUAUUGCCCUGUGGAAGUUUGAGACACAAAAAUACUAUGUGACCAUUAUCGAUGCCCCUGGACAUCGUGAUUUCAUUAAGAACAUGAUUACCGGCACCUCGCAAGCCGAUUGUGCUGUUUUGAUUGUGGCUGCCGGUACCGGUGAAUUUGAGGCUGGUAUCUCGAAGAACGGGCAGACGCGUGAACAUGCUCUGUUAGCCUUUACAUUGGGUGUCAAACAAUUGAUUGUGGGUGUGAAUAAAAUGGACUCGACCGAGCCACCCUAUAGCGAGGCACGUUAUGAGGAAAUCAAGAAGGAAGUUUCAUCGUACAUCAAGAAAAUCGGCUACAAUCCGGCCGGUGUUGCAUUUGUACCCAUAUCCGGUUGGCAUGGUGAUAAUAUGUUGGAACCAUCGGAUAAAAUGCCCUGGUUCAAGGGAUGGACCGUGGAGCGUAAAGAGGGUAAAGUUGAGGGCAAGACUUUAAUUGAUGCCUUGGAUGCUAUUAUGCCACCAUCUCGUCCCACCGACAAGCCAUUGCGUUUGCCAUUGCAGGAUGUCUAUAAGAUUGGUGGUAUUGGUACAGUACCAGUGGGACGUGUUGAAACUGGUAUCCUAAAACCAGGCAUGGUGGUCAAUUUUGCCCCGGUUAAUCUGGUUACUGAAGUCAAGUCGGUGGAAAUGCAUCAUGAAGCUCUGUCCGAAGCUUUGCCCGGUGACAAUGUAGGCUUUAACGUCAAGAACGUUUCGGUUAAGGAAUUGCGCCGUGGUUAUGUGGCUGGCGAUUCUAAGAAUUGCCCACCCAAGGGUGCUGCUGACUUUACAGCCCAGGUUAUUGUCCUCAAUCAUCCUGGCCAAAUUGCCAAUGGCUAUACCCCGGUAUUGGAUUGCCAUACAGCUCAUAUUGCUUGCAAAUUUGCCGAGAUCAAGGAGAAAUGUGAUCGUCGUACCGGCAAGACCACGGAAACCGAUCCGAAGGCCAUUAAGUCGGGUGAUGCAGCCAUUAUUAUGCUGGUACCCACCAAACCGUUGUGUGUGGAGAGUUUCCAAGAAUUUCCACCAUUGGGACGUUUUGCUGUACGCGAUAUGCGUCAAACUGUUGCUGUGGGUGUCAUUAAAUCGGUGACAUUCAAAGAGACGACUUCGGGUAAAGUCACAAAAGCCGCUGAGAAGGCCCAAAAGAAGAAAUAACUAGGGAGCAGCCAGAAGAAAAUGCAACAAUUUGUACAACAACAAGAACAACAGCAAAAUGUUACACCACACCAAGAACAACAACCAGAAGAUGAAAAACAAUAUCAAUUUCUGCUCCCAAAUGGAUGGAUGGCAUAUGAAGAAAACUCAUUUAAUAAGCAUAAAUAUAAACCUAAUAUUAACAACAACAAAAAAAGCAACAGCAAAAAAAUCAUCAUUAACAACAAUAACAACAUUAAUAAUAUUAUAAAAAUUAUUCAAACAACAUUUAGUGAUUAUUACAACCACAACCAAAAUAACAAAAACAACAACAACAAUAAGUAUCAUUCAAAAAUUACACUACACCAGCUACAGUCAUCACAAUUUAUUCCACUGGAUAUUAAACACAAAUUCCAAAAAUACUCACCCACUACUACUACCACAACUGGCAGCCUUCAAUAUUUUCAUAAUCAUUUUAGAAGCAUAGAAAAGACAUUACUUCCUAAUAACAACAAACCUACAACAGCAUCAUCAUCAGCAUUCCUUGAAUCCUAUACACUUGGUUUACAGUCACUUUCACAAUCACCCAUCAUGGCCAUCAUCAUUAUUACUCUCAUCAUCGUCAUCAAUCACAUCGUCAUUAUUAAGAAUUAUGAAGAUUUUACUAAAAAUUUGGAAAGCAUUUUAAUACAACUUUUUAUAGAGUUUUUCCUAAUUUAUUAUAAUUAUUUGUAUCUAAAUUUACACAGACAUCGUAAAUCGUUUCGCAGGAAAUCAUUGGCUGCAUCUUCAUCGUCAUCGUCGUCAUCAUCACCAUUAACAUCAUUCUCUUGCCGCCGCACACAAGUUCUACCACAAGAUCUCUCCUUGUUUUGUCAUCAUCAUCGGAUAAUGCCAAUUAAUUGGGUUAUUUUGAAUGGCUUAUAAUCAUGACUUACAAUAUGUUAUCUCGUCUGGAAUUCAAUAACCAAAAUUAACAGAUGAGAAACACAUUUUUGAAAACAAAUGCCAUACAAAUAUCACAGCAUUCACUCAUCAUUUUUCAUGUCAUAACAUCAAACGUUUUUUUUUUUUAAUACCAAAUCGAAAUUUUUAACUUUUAAUUUAUUUGCUUAAAAAAAUAACUUGAAAAUUUAAUUUUGCUUAGCAAAAAAUGUGAUUUGAUUUAAUCUGAAGAGGUAUCCCUUUAAGGAAUAUAUUGACAAAAAAAAAAGAACUAAUACUUCUAAGGAUUAUUUUUCCCCGAUGCGCAAGGAAAUAAAAUGAAUUAUGUGCAUAAUAAAUAUUUGAAUAAAAAAUGAAAUGAAAAAGAAUAUGAAUCCUUUUUUU